UGUGAUGCGGUGUCGUAUUAUAGAUCUGGACUAAGAAAACUGGGGUACAAUCCGCUAAUAUUCCGGAUUGCGAAUUCCUCGAAAUCAAACUGUUUAGCGGCUUUGGGGUGGAACGCCGGAGAAGACGAAAAUGACCGCCGGCUUGUCUUUCACGGUCACAGCUGCUCCGAAACCAUUCUUUCAGCUUCAGACUACUCAUCACAGCAGUAUCAGUUCAACCGAGACGCGUAUGCGAAUUCGAAGCAUUCAAUCCAAAUUGGCUUACAGUUCUACGCCACUCCCCUUCUUCUCUGCGAGGAAGACUCAAUCAAUUUCAGAUUCACUGCUCUUUUCAGUAGCGUGUGUCUCUUCUUCACCUUCAUCUUCUUCUUCUCCCAGAAGAUACACACCUUCAACCAGGCUCUACAUCAGUGGACUUUCGUUCCGGACCACUGAAGAGAGCUUGCGAAAUGCUUUCAAAAGCUUUGGCCAACUUGUAGAAGUCAAUUUGGUGAUGGAUAGACUAGCCAAUAGACCAAGAGGAUUUGCCUUCCUCCGUUAUGCUUCAGAAGAGGAAUCUCAAAAAGCUAUCGAAGGAAUGCACGGCAAGUUUCUGGAUGGCAGGGUGAUUUUUGUGGAAGUUGCAAAGUCCAGAUCGGAGCUACGCCAAGGCCUUGAAGAAAACUCUAGUUAAUGCAUGCUUUAGUAUAUAGGCAUCAUUGUACCCCCCAAAGUUCAGAUUCAUUUUUAUAAGAGCCCAAACAUAUUUUAGGAAUAUAUAUAUAACUAAGGGUUGGGCUCUGCAUUGUUAUUGGUUUGCGAAACCUUGAUCUUGACUAUAUGAUUAUAAUAUAGUCUUAGUGUAUUUCAGGAGCAGUGUUCUGUCUUGAAAUUAAGUGGUAUUAAUAUUGGGGAUUGGUACAGUGGAUAACCUAACCAAACAUGAACUUCUAAGGCAUGGUCUAUGGUCAAGGUCCACAGGUUGUAACACGUAUAUGUGAAUGCUUAAAUCAUGAGAAGCGCAGAUUUUUAGAAA